AGAGGAGACAAGCCCUUGUGUUAAAACAUAUCAAAAUCAUGUCAUCUCAGUGAAUCUAAUCUUGCCACAGUAGAUGUCCAAAUAAUAAGCCCUAGCAGAGUAAACAUGAGCAUUGUCAGAGCUACAUCAGCAACAUGCAAAUUAAUGUCCUAGCCCUAUACAAAACAGUGCUUCCGAUUGCAAGUCACGUUGGUCAAAAUACAUGUUAAGAGACAUUUGAUCUCACAGCACUGAUAUGGCACGACUAAUAAUUCAAGGGAAUUCAUAAGCGACACUGGAUUAAAACAAAGCUUUUUUUUGUGUGACCUGAAUUUCAGACAGAUUAAUAAGAGAAAGGGUUGGUUCUCGAGGAUGGGAUUUGCAAGUUACAGCUGUCCAGCUUCGUUUGACAGACAUUCACUCUAUGGCCUGUUGAUUGAGCAAAGGAGACAGUCUUUCUGAUGGUGCAUGGAAAAGCAACAAGAGAUGAUACACAACGUUUGAAACACACAAAUAACCGUGUGUGUUUGUGAUGGGGAACUCAGAACACCACACUCUUGAAGGCUCUGAGAUUCAUCUUUUUCUUGCUAACCUGAAGGUUAUCUAGCAAGAUGGAUUGAGAAGAAGACAGGUCAGAACUUUUCAAAUGUUUUUCAGCUUGCAGAAAAUCUGGCAUCCGAGAAGACCGCAUUCAACAAUGAGAGGUGGACUGAUAUUCACUAUAACUUUCAUGGUGGCACUGCACGUGGCAUGGGGAUGUCCAGAGAGCUGCUUGUGCCAGACUUCUUCAAAAAUCGUUGACUGCAGUUCCCGAGGGCUCCUUGAAAUUCCAAGUUACAUACCUUCACAAACACAAAUACUGUAUUUGCAGGGUAACCAGAUUCGAAUUAUCAAUCACACAGCAUUCACAAAUCUUCCUGGACUGAAAAUUUUAGACUUGUCUAAUAACUCUAUAUCAAUAGUAUCGCCGAAUGCGUUCCACUCACUUCGGUCUCUACAGAUCUUAAACUUCACCAACAACAUCAUCCUUUAUCUUGAAAAUCAAGUCUUUGUUUCCCUCAUGGACUUAAAAGAGCUAGACUUAUCCUUAAACAGACUCUUUGCUUUGCCAGAAUCUUUGGGAAACAGCACAAGGAAUCUGACCUUUCUUGGAGUAAAACAAAACCAACUACAAAGAAUUGACAGAUCACUGCUGGAGUCAUUCAUGAAUCUAAAGGUUUUGCUUGUCCAAGGAAAUCCAUGGCAUUGUAACUGUCAUGCCAUAGGCCUCAAACUAUGGCUGGAGAACUUUUUAUAUAAAGGGGGAACAAUUGAUGAGCUAAUCUGUAGCACACCAGAGAACCGGAAAGGGAAUGACCUUCUAGCAAUUCCCUUUGAAAUGUACAAGGGAUGUCCACCUAUAUCUUCUCCAUAUCUAAUGGCCAACAUUCAUCAUCACAAUGCUGAACAUAGAAGUAAUGGCCGGCAUCAUCUGGACCAGGCAGAUGGCAUUGUCCAUCCUGAAUGUGAACCAAAGCCCAAACCCCGACCAGUCAGUUUGCGACAUGCCAUAGCCACUGUUGUAAUCACUGGAGUUGUCUGUGGAAUUGUAUGUCUAAUGAUGUUGGCAGCUGCGGUGUAUGGUUGCGCUUAUGCUGCAAUUAUGGCUAGAUACCACAGAGAACUUAAGGAAGUGGAGCAUUUGGCCCCGGCAGGGGAGCAUGGGAGUGCAGAAGAGAGAGAACCACUUGAUAGGUCCUUGGCUUGAUAUCUGUUUGCCAAUGGUUUUUUAGAUGUUAGCAAAAAAAAUGUAAAGAGAUGAAUUUUGUAAGUUAGUGGAAAUUGAAAAAAAACAAUUAACUUUAAACUUUGUACUUUGCAACAUGAUAUCAUUUGCACAAAUACCAUGUGCUUAUUUUUAUGCCAAAAGGUAAUAUAAUACAAGGGCUUAGUUUUUAGAUAAAUUAUGUUUGUUUUGCAACUAUUUUCUUGUAGUCUUGUACAGUUGUGGAAUAAAUAAUGCAUGUUUAAAGUGUU